AUGAGAGAAGGGGACGAAGUUAAUAUAGAAUAAAAUACAUAUAUUCUCAAAGAACUACUUGGAUAAGGUUCUUAUGGAAAAGUUUUAAAAGGAAUAAAUAAAAGCACCUAAUAAAUAAUAGCAAUUAAAAUAUAAGAUAGCAUAAAUGAUGAUGAAUUAAAGGUAUUGGAUAUGAUGAGAAGAAAAAAACAUAAAAACUUAAUCAAUAUUCUUAAUUUUGAAAGAAUAGAUCGAAAAUAUUACAUAGUAAUGGAAUAUUGUAAAGAAAGUUUAUACGAUCGGAUUAUUUACAGAGGUACAAUUCAACCAGAUGAAGUAAGGUUUAUUAUGAAAGAAAUAGGGAAUGGGAUAAAAGAAAUUCAUGAUUUAGGUUAUGCACAUCGAGAUCUGAAACCUGAAAAUAUAUUGAUUUUUUAGAUUAAUGACAACGGAAAAACAUAAGAUUUAUAUAAAAUUUGCGAUUUUGGUACAAUAAAAUAAAUAGAUGUGCUUAAAACUUAAAAAGUUGGUACUGCUUAUUAUCUUGCUCCAGAAUAAGUGAAUGGAUAGGAUACUCUAUACUCAUAAACAGUUGAUGUAUGGGCAUUUGGAGCUUUGAUUUAUGAAUUAUUGACAGGACAACCAUUAUUUAAUGGUAAUUUAUUAUUUAAGUUAGGCCGAAAUGAAUAAGAAGUCUAUAUUAAAAUAAAAAACUCGAUUUAGGCAAGUAUCGAUCAAAAAAUUAAUAAUUGUUUGCAAAUAGAAAGGAAAUAUAAAACUCUUCUCUUAAAUAUGCUUCAAAUUGAUAUUCGAAAAAGGUAUAAUAUUAAUCAGGUUGUUUCUGAUUUGAGAGGAACAUCAUAAGUUAGAGAUAGAGAUAGUGAUGAUAAAUUUGGAAUAAAGGGCAAGCCUGAUGGAAGAGUUUUUAAUAAUAUAUAGUUGCCAAAUCCAAAUUUUUUUGGAAAGAAUUAUGCGUUUAAACCUCCAGUAGUAGAAUAACAAUAAUAAAAAGCUGAUCUAAAUUAUUCACGUGGAAGGAAUAGUGAACAAUCAGAACCCACUAAAAAACUUGAUUUUCGUUCCCCGUAGGUGAUUAAAACUAGUGAUAAUCCUACUUCGAUUAGACCUGCAAUUAAUCCUUCAUAAUAAUUUAAACCACAAGGUUCAACUUAAAUAGCUUCCUUAAGCUAGGAUACAAAAUAUUCUUAAGCAAUCCAUUAAACCCAGAAUACGACAUUAAAUUAAAAUUUGGCAGUAUCAAAAUUAUCAAACAAUUAAAAGAUUGACAGUUUUCUUUAAAAUAAUGGAUAAAAGUAGAGUAGUUUUUAAUCCAUGGAACAAUAAUCCAAAAAUUCUUUUCAAUAAAAAGAAUAAUAAUAAUAAUAAUAAUAAUAAUAAUAAUAAUUACGAUAUUAAAAUUAAAUCCCUGUUUAAGCUUUGCAAAACCAAUAAAAAGGUUAUUUCCUUUAAACGAAUAAUUAAAAAAUUGAUGAAUAAUAAUAAAACCAAAAUACAAAUUAAAAAAAAGAAGACCCAUAGCAAAACUAAGUAGUAAAAAGACCUUUCGUAAGUACAUAUAUUGGCAAUUAACUUUAAAAUACUAAUUAUAGAUAAUAAAGUAUUUAAACAUACGAUCAAAAGUAAUAAAACAACAAUACUAUUGAAUAACAAUCAGGAAAAUUGUUAAAUUAGCCAGCUCUAUCAGCUUUUCCAAAUCAAUAGAAUAACAACUUUCUUUAAAAUAAUAACUAGAAGCAAUAAAAUGUUUCACCUUAUGAUUAAUAAUAAUAAAGCAAACCCAUUUUUGAAUAGUAAUAAGGUACAACUUAAAAUUCUAGAGCUUCAUAACUUUCCCAAAAUAUAUAGAAUAAUGGCAACUUCUAUUAAAAUAAUAACCAAAAUUAAUUUAGUUCACCUUAUGAUUAAUAAUUGCAAAACAAAAAUAAUAUAAUUUAAAAAGAAGAAACUAUUGAAAAAGUAGCAGUAAAAAAUCCUGCCUAAUAGAUUUAAAAUUCUUCUUAAGAUAAUAACUAAAAGAAAGGGAAUCAAUAAUCAGGCGCUAUGAAUUUUUUUCCUAAACCAUAGAAUGUCAAUUUUACAAAUGUUUAAAAUGACUUGAAUUAAUAAUAAAAUAAUGCAUAAAAUAAGUAGCCUUUAAAUGGUAACUAUUUUAUUUAAAAGGACUCGAAUAAUCCACAGCAACAUUAAAAUCGCUAGAGCAUUUCUCAAAAUCAAAAUAAUUAACCCUAAAAAUAAAUUGUUAAUGCCACACCAGGAAGUGGAUUUGCUUGCAAUAUUAGGUAAUCUAGUUAAAUGUAAUAAACACCUGGAUAAUAAAGUUAGUAGAUUUAAUCAUCAUUUAGAAAUAAUCCAAUCUAAUAGAAUCAGCAGAGAAUUGGAUAAUUUAGUACUUAAAUUUAAUAAAGAGCAUGA